AUGGUCUGUCUGCCAGUUCAGGUUGUCAUCCAGCUGUUUCGCUCAGGUGCUGUAGAUCAGGAGUGGUCCCGGACCGGAGGGCGUCUGUUGCAGUGCUUAGCUAAGCCGGAUGAUCUGGACACAGGUGGAACACAGGUGGAGAGGGAAAAACACAAAACACCAAUGCAAGUCCGCACAGAUUUACAGCAGGCUCUGUUCCAUCAUUCUUCGAGUGGAAUAACUACACUAUGGUCACAAGCCGGUGUUUGGGAACGCCGAUCUCGACCGCCAAGUCCGGAACCUUACUCGGCGGGGCCUGUGGAGGAUAUCGAGCAUCCUGUCAUGGUCCCGAUGAUCGUGGACCACGACUACGGGGCCAGCCGUACUGUAUGUGUGGACCGGGAGCAGUAUGAAGUUUGCUUCGUCGCCCGAAGACAUCAGAUUUUACACCAGGCACAGGAGGUCAGAUUGAGAAACUGUGGUUUUAAGCUCAAUCAAUAUCCAGAGGACAGCGGUAUUCAAGGCCUCACUUCAUUGUUCGGCGGUUGGGGUUCUUUUGGAUUAACUACUUCUUUGGAUUACUUCAUUUACGGGACAUUUCAUCACUGCACGGGACAAUUGACUCUAAGCAAUACCUCAUAGGGAUCACUCUACAAACUACAUGACAAUGGUCAUAUAAGGUUUUCUUUUUCUUUCAACUGCAUUCCUAAAAGUCAGAGCUAGUAUUGUGGUAGGGUGUAUUUUUCCUUUUGUUUGCUAUUUUGAUUUCUUUGGAUGGGUUUUGUUUAUGUAAAUAUAUUUUUCCUGAUCUUUCAAAUUUGGUGUUUGAUUUGUUUGUUUAAAUGCAAGUUUGGUCGGUGGGUCCCUCCCUCUAAUUAUCUUGUAGUUCGCCUCUAGGGUGUUCAUAGGGAGACCGUUACACAUAUUCUUGAGCACGUAUGACAAGAUAAGUGAUUUCAGUUGUAAUACUGUAUUUUUGAUUCCCCUCAUACGAACAUCUGAUGGCGUUUUGGAACCUGAUCGAGGUAGCAACAGCCAAAAUAGUUAGAGUCACCAGGUCAAAGAAAACCGACGCCACUAGCACAACAACUGAAAGCCCUUUAAGGGAUGCUGGUGGGAUGCUGGUGGUACGCUGGUGACCAGCAUGGGAUGCUGGUGGUAUCCCAGGUAGCCCAAAUGAUCCGGCCCGAUAACGGCCCAAAUCCGGCAAGCCGGAAGAAAUAGCUCGGCCCGGAUGCGGUUACCGGACUCUUGUGAAUUACGGGAGUGAAUGACGCGCUAGAAUCGGCCCGAGUACGCUGGUCCGAGUCCGGUUGCCGAAACUGAGCCGACACUGCCGGCAUCGGGCCACAAUCACGCCAGCAUAGAUUAUACAAUUAGCCGGUACUGGCCCGAGUCUGGAUACCAAAUGGAAAUGUAUAUGAAAUACAAACCAAUAUUAAUUUAAUUAAUAACAACAACAAAAUUUACCAAAACAAUAUUAUAUAUAUAUAGCCUACAUGGAAAAAAACUGUUCAUGUAAUUAACUGGUUCUCUAAAAACUACAAAAAAUGUAUUAUUAAAGCCAGUAUUUUUUUUAACAAUAUUGUUUCCACAAAUAUCACACACACACACACACGUUCGUUUUUGUGAAAAGUGGGGACAUCCCAUAGGCGUAAUGGUUUUUAUAGUGUACUUACUGUAUGUGCUAUUGCCCUACACCAACCCUACACCUAAACCUACCCCUUACAGGAAACUUUCUGCUAUUUCAGAUUUUCAAUACACUCCACUCUGUAUGAUUUAUAAGCGUUUUGAA